AUGGCCAGCAUGGCGAACUCGACGCUCAUCGGCACCAUGAACAUGCUGGGCGACGCCUACAACCCCUUCGAGUUCCUGGCGGUCGACGACUCCAAGUUCAUGGCCGUCUGCGAGUCCUUCGAGGCGCGCGCGCGGGCGGUCACGUGGGCGGACCUCGACGCCCAGGGCCUCAAUGAACUUGUAGAGGCCUGCGGCGGCGCCGUCGCCGACCGCCUGACGGCCAUGCGGAGCAAGGAGGCCUGGGCGGCGAUGGACGACAGCGCGUUGGAGGACGACAACAAAUUCUUCGACCACCGCAUGAAUCUGAUUGUCUUCGCGAUGCGGCGCUUCGACCGCGACGCGGCGACGUGCGCGGACAAGGGCCCCCUAGUCUGGGAGCUCACGUCGAACAAAGAGUGGUGGCAGCUGUUGAAACGAUGCUGCGAGAAGGGCGACACGUACCGGAAGUCUCCCUCACUCCUCGCCUGGGAUUUAUUGUGCUGCGUCGUGGCGUCGGAAGACGCGUCGACCUUCGCCGAGACCUGCAAGGCGUCCUACCUCAACCCGGACAACACGGAGCGGCACGCGCAGAUUUUUGUUGAUGCCGCGCUCAACGUCGCGCGGGACGCGCGCAUGGGCCGCUGCGUGCUGGGGUUGCAGGAGUUCCCCCAGGCCGGCACGCCGCGGGCCGCCGUCUUCGAGGCGGCGUUCAAGACGGCGGGCUUCGAGGUCGUGCGAGCCGUGCGGAGCUGCGCGCUCGUGCACAAGGGCUUUGGGAGUGGUGGCGCGGUCCUGGCCGACGGCGGCGAUGCUUCCAUAGGCGUCGACGCCGACGCGGUCAUGAAGACCCUCACCCGUGAUGCGAACGGCGAGCCGAAGUAUGAUAAGAAGACGAUGGCGGCGUUCGAGGGCACUACCGCGGCCAAGGUCCUAUCUGUGAGACUAGACGGCGUGGCCUACCACGCGCUGCAUGCGAAGGAGCCGAAGACGCCCGAGGCCGCCGAGUUAUUGGCCAAGUUCCUCGCGGCGCACGCCGCGGCCUGCGGCGCGGGACCCUUCGCGUGGCUCGUGGAUACGAACCUCGCGAAGGAGUCGACGGACUCGGCCUUCCGGCGGGAAGUGGAAGCGAGCGGCCUCCAGGUGUCGGCGAGCGUGCCGACAACGUCCAAGCGGCGGUCGCGCCUCCACGGCCAGUGCUACGACGACAACAAGUGCCACAAGACCGUGGUCGCCGCGAAGGACAAGUUCGUGGUCACGGACGGCUCUUUGGAAUUGCUGCCGACGGUGCCCGAUUUAGCAGAUGAGGCGCACCCCGUGACAUUACCCCGCGAGACGUGGCCCGCGGACCACGCGCUCGUCGCGGCGGUGUUCGCGCCCUCGGCGUAG